UGGCGUUGUUGGCAAGGCGUCUCAUAUAAGAAUUGGUAAGUUUUGACGCUAUUUUGUGGUAUGUGGAGUACUUUUUAAGAAAAAUCAAUGUAGUUUUAUGUUUAAAGCUUGGGAUGCGUGGAUUGAUUUUUUGGAUCAUUAGUUCUGGUCGAUAAGCGUAUUUCGCCUGCGUGGCAUAACUCGCCUACGUCACGGGUUGGCUCGCAAACAUGAUUGGUCGACUCGCCUACUAUCGCAUCCAUUCAAGUUUCUUCCUUCUGCCUUUCCUGCUUGCGUGUUUGGUGAAUUUGCCGUCGUUUACUCGCCCGUUAAAUUCAUUUGCGAUCACGGAAAAGAAGCGGAAAAGAAGGAUUGAAACCUCUUAAUGUGUUUUUCUCAGUUAAAAAUACGAAGUCAUAUUUUUGAAACCCGGAAUCGAAGGCAUUUACGUAGUCAAUUCGUGCGCAAUUACAUCCAUUGAAGUCUACAUUCUGCUAUCAAGUUCCCGUUUACUUCAGCAUCUACUGGCUGUGAUUUCAAGGAGACAUGAAUACCAUAGUAGAAGUGAUUCCAGAGGGUGAAAUUACUUGUUUUGAAUAUGACUUAUCUACUCAACUUCUGAGUUUAGUAGAUCCAAAAACCACAGAGCCUUUUGCCACAUCAGAGACACCCAAUUAUAUUUCAGGUGUUGCUCAGCCUAUAUCCACAGAAUCUGAUACAUCAACAGUCCCACCUACCCAUCAAUCAGGUACUGCUGAGCUCAUUACCUUCAAGUCUGAAGCCUCAACACUACCUUCUACUAGUGGUUCAAAUGCGCAUUCUGCAGAGGCUGAGACAGUGGAGACAUGUUCUUCCUCAGAGUUGUAUGUGGCAACAAUACCACUUACUGAUCUUUCUGUACUAGUUGAACCACAAAUCAAGUGUUCAUUGCUAGAGGAAGACCCAACCACUCCAACUUGUGUUCCAUUGACCUUUACUCUUGUUGAGAAAGCAACUAAGCGAAGAGGGGAUAGACUAAUUGAUAGCAUGGGCUUCUCCUAUAACAUCCGCCGCAAAGGGGCCAAUAUAACUCGUUGGCAAUGCACCAUUAGGAGGAAAGAGUUCUAUUGUAAAGCAGCAGUAGUGGAAAGAAAUGGUGUCUUCACCUUUGGGAAUUUUUCUCAUAAUCAUGAGCCUCCUAAACCAAGAGCCCAAACUCCCUCGCGGAAGACCAAGACCAAGGCAGUGGUGGAACAGUGCAAGCCUGAGCCAACCAGCACAGAUGAGGAAAAUCUUCAGCCGACAACUACUCUAUUCCAAGCUUUGCCUGAACCUUGUGGUAACAUAGAACAUUCAAACCCUAAUGCUGCUCAACUGCCACCAAAUGAUAACCAGGCUGAUUUGGUUGAGUCAGUUAUUCAGACUUCACCACCCACUCCCGCACCUCCGACAAAUGUUCCUAUGACCUAUCACUUGGUGGAGGAAGCAUCUCUGCGGAGACGGAACAAACUGAUUGACAGUAAAGGCUUCUCCUACAAUGUCCGUCGUAUGAAAGCUGAUAAAAUUCACUGGCAGUGUAGCAUAAGGCCGAAGGGAAACCACUGCAAAGCCACAGUGCUUGAGCAGGAUGGUGUGUACACAUUUGGGAAACAUCCCCACAACCAUGGUACCUACUCAGGAACUCUAGCUGCUGCUCAAAUAGUGUCUACCAUUAAAACAAAGGCAUUGGAAGAGUUAUCCAAGCCAGCUUCUGUCAUUGUUAAAGAG